GGAGCAAGUUCCAAAGCUCUGCCUUAACCACCUUGACGGCUUAACGUUUCGGAAGGCUUUCGCAUGACUGAAUGUCGGUGGCACCACUUUUACAUUGACGUCAUCCAUGGCCGGGCAGGUCCUCAUCACUGUUACUGUCACUGUCACUUUUCAAGUCGUGCUGUUGUUUAGGAUCCAGCCCGGGCAAACCUUGAGAAAGGACAAUGACUUGCUUUCAUGAACGCCAACUCCCGAGUGUGGGUGUGUUGUUGGCGAGGUGCUGACGAUCUACAUCCGUAUGAGAGAGGAUCCAAAGGCCAGAAAGCAAAGGCCGAAGCUUCUCACAGAACCAUUUCAAUACUCCAGAUUCUGAGGCGACACACAUCACCCUUUCCAUCCCGUCCCGUCCAUUCGAAAUACCAAUGAUCAGGAGAGCCAUAACCGUGUCCGUAAGACACAAGACAAGAGAAUCCCAGGAGAGUACUUCACCAACCAAUCAAGACGUCAACGUUGUAUGCACCGAGGAUACGGAACUCGGGGAUACAGACAGCAGCAAGUCGGAAACUUCUCAAGGCGAUAAUGAGCAGUAUGUCGGCGCUUGGGCGAUCGAUGGGCCCUUAAUGGCUGAAGCAGGCUUGACAAGGCAACCAAUGCGUCCACCACCAACCGAUACCCCAGAAUCCUCGUCAACAUCAGACGACGGCGCGACUAUGACAGACACUCUAGCAGUCGCAGAACCCGUCUCCGAUGUCAGGCCUGAAGAAAUGCCUCGAGCUCGAGAGUGGAACGCGUCGGAAGCAGUACCACCCAAGCCUUCGCAGCAAAGGAAGCAUUUGGCUAGGUGUCUUGGCAUCGGGCUAUUUGCCGCGGCAGUGUCUUUGACUGUUUUUGUGGUUGUGCAUUUUACCUUAGGAGCGGGCAGUCUAGAAGAUCUGCCAACUGAGAACAUUGCGAUUCCGGUGCAAUCGACGGAAGAACGCGUUCUCUCUCUUUUGCCGGAUUAUACUGCCAGAUCGAUUGCGAGGGGUGACUCUGCCCAGGCCAAUGCUUUUCGCUGGCUAGCGGAGGAUCCUAAAGUCGGGAACUACACUGAUUGGCGGCUGGUGCAGCGAUUCUCGCUAGCCACACUCUAUUACUCCACCGGAGGAGAUACGUCCCGAGGGUGGAUCCGCAGCGACAAUUGGCUUAGCUACGACCACCACGAAUGCGAUUGGUAUGCAACAGAAGGUGAAACAGUGGGUACAAUAUAUGAGCCUACGUGGAGGGGCAUGUAUCAUCAGGUCUAUGACCUCGCUGGUGAGACCGCAUGCUCAGAGACCGAAGUGUAUCGACAUGUCUGGCUCAUUGCAAAUGAUCUUGAAGGAACCAUUCCAGAUGAACUCUUCCUUUUGACAUCCCUGAAUUGCUUCUCCUUUCGAAACAACAAUCUCCAUGGAACACUGCCUUCGUUAGUUGGCCAGUUGACUGGCAUAGAAGCAAUUGACUUGUCCAAUAAUGAGAUCAGUGGAGUCCUCCCUUCCGAGCUUGGUUUGUGUCCCAAGGUCGACGGUAUCUUCACAACGUCGAAUGAGCUCAUGACAGGAAAGAUUCCUUCUGAAUUGGGUCUGCUUACAAACUUGAAAUACCUCGUGCUUGACCGCAACAUGCACACAGGCGAGCUGCCAUCUGAGCUUGGCAAUCUGUCCAACUUGUAUUGGCUGUUUCUUUCUACGAACAUGCUGUCGGGCUCCAUACCAAGUGAGAUUGGAAAGCUCAAGAACGCCAGUGUCAUUCAUCUAUUUGACAAUGAUCUAGUCGGAGCUGUCCCCUCCGAGCUUGGGAACCUCAAGGGAACUCACCAGUUGACGAUUGGAGGAAAUGCAUUGACAGGCACCUUGCCGAGUGAACUGGGCAAUCUUGAAGAUAUUCUGAUUUUUGGAAUCUGGAAUACCCAAAUUAGUUCAACAGUUCCAACUGAAGUAGCAGGAAUACCAACCCUCCAAAUCUUGAUGCUGGAUAACAACAAUCUUUCUGGUGCCAUCCCGUCUGAACUCGGAGGGUUGCAGACUCUUUGGGUGCUCUCUUUGGCGGGCAACUCACUCUCUGGCAGUAUUCCAUCGGACCUCUGCAAGGCUUCGUUUCUCACAGCACUGCAGCUGAGCAACAACAAUCUUUCAGGUACUAUCCCUCCAGAGAUUCGGCAUCUGAAAUACUUCUUGAGCCUCCUGGAUGUCUCUGGCAAUGCUCUCACGGGCGGCAUUCCCAGCGAACUUGGAAGGCUUCGUUUAUUACAGGAGGUAUCUCUGCACUCCAACCAACUGUCGGGCACCAUCCCAAGUACCCUGGGGCUACUGUUCAAGAAGGAGUCGUCUCUUUUGGAUUUCCUCAAGGUUGGUGGAGCGCUGCCUGACAUCAUCGACUCCAUCGUUCCAACAGGCACAUUAAACCUGGCAAACAACAGCCUUCAUGGUUCCCUGGCUACAGAGCUUGGUCUAAUGUCCACUUUGAAGAGCUUUUCAGUUGGAGGCAACAGCCUCACCGGCAGUGUCCCGUCUGAACUGGGUUUGCUUUCUUCUGUCUCAAUGUUUGACAUUGGAGACAAUCACAUCAGUGGGAGCAUACCACAACAGCUAUCGGAGGCAUUCUCAAGCCUCCAUCUAUUCAACAUCUCCGGCAACGACAUGACUGGGACUGUUCCUGAGAAAUUCUGCAGCCUGAAUGCCGGUUUUGAUUGCUCUGACUCGAUCUGUGGAUGUGACUGUCCUUGCUAGCUUCUCUGUUUGUUCAGGGUUUGGGCCUCUGUUUGUUCAGGGUUUGUGCCAGCUGUCAAGGAUGAUGUGAGAAUGAGUAAAAGGAAGAGACCAGGCCAAAACCCACUCCGGUUCCAGGGGCACAUGCCUGUGUUUUGCACAGUUUCAUCGCGCUUCACAUUGACGACUGUGGCGAGUGCCGGGCACGGUUGCAUCACGCUUCAUUGCCAAGUGAACUGGGCAAUCUUGAAGAGCUUCUCAUGUUGCUCGGCAUCUGCUAUUCCCAACUUAGUUCAACCAUUCCAAUGGAAAUAUAGCAGGAAUGCCAACCCACCAAUUCUUGCUCUGGGAAACAACAAUCUUUCGGGGACUAUCCUGUCUGAACUCAGAGGGUUGUGGACCAUUUUGUUGCUCUCUUGUAGGGCAACUCAGUCUCUGGAAGUAUUCCAUGGGACUUCUGCAAAGCUGCAGUGCUCACAGCACUGGAGCUGGGCAACAAUAUGGUACUAUCCAUCCAGAGAUUCACCAUCUGAAAUACUAGCUAGAGCGAGGAGACACGGCAAAACCCACUUCGGUUCCAGGGAAACAUGCCUGGGUUGUGGACAGUUUCAUCGUGCUUCACAUUGACUACAGUCUCAGUCUAUCAAGAUAGACGACCAUGCCAAUGUCGGGCACGGUUGUAUCGCGCUUCCCUUCGUACAUGUACCGGUAUAUUGAUUGCACAGUUAGUCUUUCAGCAGAAACAGCUUUUCAUAAAUUACUACAUAUUUGUGUAUUGCCACUAAAAAACUCAAAAAUCUACUGCCCUG